AAACCGGGUUAUGUAAACAAAUAGAAAUCCUACGCGACGUCGUCCAAUUUUUCAAACAAUCGGAUACGGGUCAGAUUGUUUUUCCCAUCAAAUCAAACUGGAUGAGUGACCCGCAAUUCUAUCUUUGCGCAGAACGGCAAAAGAAGGGAAAAAAUCUGCUGCCUUUCCCUUCCUUCUCAAACUCUGUUACACUCUACGUACAAGAAAUACAUUUGUUGCAGCGGCAACUCUAUCUGUUGAUGUUCUAACGUAGAACUAGAAUCAGAAAUGAUUAUCUACUCCGGCCUCUUUCACCACUGGUCUCUUGCAACUUGCACCAGAAGUUCGAUUUCCGGCGGCGAUUUCCGGCGAGAAUGUGAACUCUUCCCCAGACCCAGAAAUCUUUCUCUCUCUAACUUCAACCGGUGCCAGUCAUUACAAAUGCCUGGCUCUCAGAAGUCCUUGCUUACCCGAAUGGCUGUUGGCUCGAAUGUGACUGAAGAUACUGAUGAUAUGUUCGAUGACUUAUUCAACAAGUAUGGGAAGGUGGUCUUUAAAAGAAAUGACCAAAAAUCUGCUAGCUCAGAGGUCGACGAUGAUGCGGAAAGCUUGUCCUUCGCCGUGGCAUUGGCUAAGGUUGCAAGUGACGUUAAGGCAGCAGAUAUAAAACUUCUCUUUGUGAAGCCUCUGGUUUAUUGGACUCGGUUUUUUAUCAUUGCUACUGCAUUUUCUCGGCCUCAAAUUGAUGCCAUAGGGACGAGGAUAAGAGAUCUAGCAGAAACACAAUACGGAAGAACAGCAUCCGGGGAUUCUAAACCCAACUCGUGGACAUUGUUGGACUUCGGUGAUGUGGUUGUACAUAUUUUUCUUCCUCAACAAAGGGCAUUCUACAACUUGGAAGAGUUUUACGGCAAUGCAACGCAUAUCAAGUUGCCUUUUGAGGACCAACAAUCAUUUCGUAAAUGACAAAGCGGUCGGGGGCAUCUCAUUGUGAUAGACAGAGUGUUCUGGCAAAUGAAGCAGCUGUGCCAUAAUCUAUCAGGAUAACUUAAGUGGUUGCUGAGGGUUGGGUCUGGAGAAAGAUGCUACUGUAGUAUUCUGAUUGAGAGAAAACAAUAGGUGUUUCAGGAACUAAGAUGAUUUUGUCUUGCCGAUUAUUGUGCUCAGGUUCUUGUAGAGAUGUAAUAUUCAAACAGACAAAGGUGCUAUUGAAAGGCAGACCAUGAUGAUGUUCCAAUGAUGUAAUGACUGCAACCAAA